AUGUCGGGCCGUGGUAAGGGAGGCAAAGGAUUGGGAAAGGGAGGAGCCAAGAGACACCGGAAAGUUCUUCGUGAUAACAUUCAAGGCAUCACAAAGCCCGCCAUUAGAAGGUUAGCUCGGAGAGGAGGUGUCAAACGUAUCAGUGGUUUGAUAUAUGAAGAAACUCGUGGAGUUCUCAAGAUAUUUCUUGAGAAUGUCAUCAGAGACGCCGUUACUUACACCGAGCAUGCUCGCCGGAAAACUGUUACCGCCAUGGAUGUGGUUUAUGCAUUGAAACGACAGGGGCGCACUCUCUAUGGAUUCGGAGGUUAA